UGGAAGGUAUCCCCAAGAUCUACUACUUUGGUGUGUGUGGGAAGUACAAUGCCUUGGUCAUGGAGCUCUUGGGCCCCAGCCUGGAAGACCUCUUCGACAUGUGUGGCAGACGUUUCACACUCAAGACAGUCUUAUUAAUAGCCAUACAAUUACUCCAUAGGAUAGAAUAUGUACAUUCUAGAAGAUUAAUAUAUCGAGACGUGAAACCUGAAAAUUUUCUCAUAGGGAGAAGCUCUACUAAAAAAGACAGAAUAAUACACAUAAUAGACUUUGGUUUGGCCAAGGAGUACAUUGACCCCACAACAAACAAGCACAUCCCAUACCGAGAGCACAAGUCUCUAACAGGGACUGCCCGGUACAUGUCCAUCAACACCCACAUGGGCAAAGAACAGUCACGCAGAGACGACCUGGAGGCCCUAGGACACAUGUUCAUGUACUUCUUGCGAGGAUCCCUCCCCUGGCAGGGACUCAAGGCCGACACCCUCAAGGAACGUUACCAAAAGAUUGGGGACACAAAGAGAGCCACACCCAUUGAGGCUCUCUGUGAAAAUUACCCUGAAGAAAUGGCGACAUACCUACGGUAUGUACGGAGGCUGGAUUUCUUUGAGACCCCAGACUACGACUAUCUGCGAAAGCUUUUCCAGGAUCUCUUUGAAAGGAAAGGCUUUGUCGAAGAUGGUGAUUUUGAUUGGACAGGAAAAACCAUGUCAACACCUGUUGGUUCGACGCAGACAGGAACGGAAGUGAUUGUUUCCCCAAGCAGAGAGAACCGCGAGAGGCACCCAACGGCUAUUAAGGGCGGCACCAAGGGUAAUGCAGCCUGGCCCGAAACCCCCAAGCAGGCAAGCAACAUGUUAGGCGGCAACCUCACCCCUGCAGACCGCCACGGCUCCGUCCAGGUUGUGAGUUCGACUAAUGGGGAGCUUGGACCCGAUGACCCGUUAGCAGGUCAUUCCAACACCCCCAUCACCGUACAUCAAGAAGGCGAUACCUCGGAUGAAACAAAGUGCUGUUGCUUUUUCAAACGAAAGAAGAAGAAGGCAGGACGCGGGAAAUGACUGGCAGUGGUGCAGUGCUCACCCGAGAGAGAGGCCAUUGCGGUGCUUCUGCCGGCAUCUCAGUCGCAGUCCAAUGAGAGCAUCCUCAAUCCUCAGGCACCACCACCCAUAGGGGGGCACCCCACCAACCCCCACAAGCACUAAGCACUCCAGUGUUACCUCAUCACCACCGGAAGCACUGCAUCUCCCAGCUGUUAGAAAAAAGAAAAAAAGAGAAAAAAAAAUCGACUACCCACCUGUAUCAUUGUGGAAACCAGUCCUCGUGCUUGCGUUAUUUUUUGUUACGUGACACUUUGUUGUGACCCCAUUGUUUUUUUGUUUUUAUUAUUUUUUAUAAUGUAUUUCAUAACGCCUGCACUGAGAUGGCGGCUACAUGACAAUAAUGGUGUGGAAAUGUUUUUAUUUGGAGGUCACUCUAUCCAAGUGAAAUUAUUUUAGUUCCAAUUGUAUUAUAAUUGAUUUUUUGAAAACUUCUUAACUGUUACUGUUAUUUUUAUUACUACUGUUUCCUGCCCCUCCCUUUUCCCCAGCCAACUCUGAAACUUGGUUGGAGGAUUUGCCUCAGUUACAUGUUGCACACCACCUUGCAGUCUGAAGGAUAGUCUGCUUGUGUUGGGUCAAUUGGGACAAUGUAUUAGUUUAUAUAGCAUCUAAAAAUAAAUAGCUUUGAGCACCCUGGACCCAUAUAGACACUAAACUAAAUGUAGAAAGAGAUAUGUGCAAUAAAAAGAUAUACUCAAAUCUGAUUUUUCUAAAAAUUGGGUCUCUUACUCUGCAAGCAGGAAGGGUUUUAAGCAUUUGUACUUUAUUUACUGUAAUCAGUUAUUUUGGGGUUGAAAAAGAACAAAAUUUUGAUGGCUGGAUAAAGAAAGCAGAGGUGGUGGUGGUGAUGGGACGGGGAACACGGGAACUCUCCUUGUGAGGAUCGCUAAGCCUGAGAGGAUUGAUGGAACCCCCUCCCCCCUUUACUCCCUGGGACCUUUGUAAGGCCUAGACCUAUGUGUGAUAAGAGCAGUCAUUUUUUGCUUUUGUACUCUUUCGUAUUUUUUGUUUUUUCUUUUUUUUAUCAGGAUUUAUGUUUUUUCUCUAUUUAUGAACAUAAAGUUUCACCUGCAAAAUGAUAGCAAUGGCUAAAGCUCAAAAUGACUGACUGAGUCACACUUGUUCUGUGAUGAUUACUUAACAAGUAAGACGAGUUCAGCUGCUCGUUCACUCCAUCUACCAAAAAAAAAUAAAAAAGAAAAACUAGGAAGAAAAAAAAAAAGAAAGUGAAUGGACGUUUGUGCUUUGAUACGACACUUUAUUCGCAAAAUGACCAACAGAUUUUUUAUUAUUAUUAUUAUUUUUACUUUUUUUUUUAUCCUCUGUGUAUUUAGUCGCCUUUGGGAGGUACUAAUGUAUACAUACUCUGGGACGACACUAGUUUAGGUGUAGUUUGGUGGAAGCAAGUCGUGACCAGUGCAAAGGGGGCAUUAUGUCCCUGUGUUGGUACCAAACUGGCAUCCAAUGACAUAGCUAUUUAAUUUUAAUAUAAUUUUACCUAGGUACCAUAAUAAAAGUUUUUAUUUGCUUAAUGCCCAACAAGCAGAGAUGAUUCUCAUGGUGAUGGAGGGAUGAUUAAGAAACAAGAUUGAGAGAGACAGAAAGAGAGAGAGAGAGUGAAAGAGAGAGUGAGAGAGAGAGAGAGAGAGAAUAUUAGAGAGAGUGGGAAGAAAAUUGAAAUGGGGUAGGGGGAAUAGAAACAAAAAGAAAAAAACAUGGAGCUGUGAGGAAACAGAAAAUAGUGAAUCUAUCUGUUGGAAAAUGCUCUCCCCCCAAAAGUGCCAAACAGCAGGCAAGAAGACAAUAGGUGAAACACAAAUGAAACAAGACAUUCCUUGUUGGAGGAAUCAGUGAACCCAAACUCAUGUUUAUGAAAAGAGGGAUCUUGUUCUCCAUGCGCUGCAGCUCCCUCCCAAAUCCCCUCCUUUAACUCUUUGUGAAUGCUGUGGAAUAAAAUUAAAUAAAUAGACUAUGUGUAUACGGAUAUGUUAUCGAUGUAUAUAGGGCAAAGACUUUCAGCUCCUACAUGUUCAGGUUCAUGUAUGACAAAAGAUUAAAAGUGCAUCAGUGCUGAUGGAUCAGGAAAGUGCCGUGGCUUGAAGACAUUUUUGAGAGGCAGGAAUGGGGAGCCAUUUUGGGUAUGGAGUACCCACACCACUUUUCCAGUCAUGAACAUGUGGAUCUUACGAGGCAGUUACAGCUCCAUGAUGAAAGCAUCACCCUCAUAACUACAGAUUGUUGGAAGAUAUUGGCAAUCCAUACUCAUUGAAGGUUGGAAAAGCAGGAACUGUGUUACAAGAGGAAAACGACCUUUGAAGAUGGCAUGGAUUGUUGAGUCUUUCACAGUCCUUACAAACUCUGUGCUACGAUCUCGUCCCUCGGGACUUAUGCUAGAAGACUCAUUACUGGGAGGUCCUUCAAGCAAAGUCCAAAGUACCUUUCAGAAGUAUAUAAAUGUCAUGAGGAAGGCUACAACCUUCCUCAAAUAAUAUUUUUUAUCAUGCCUGUAGCUAUUCAUCAGAACAUGUGAUGUAAUAAGUGACUAUAAGCUUCAUAUAGUACUUUGAAUAAUGUUUCUUAUAAACGUACAUCCUUAAAGUGAAAGACCUUGAUAUGGAAGUAUCUUUGCACCUUGUACUCACUGAUCCCAUCACAUUGUCUGCCCUUUUAUGACUGAUUCUUCUGUUGCUACCUUCUUAUCCUCAAAAAAGAGAGAGCGAGAGAGAACUGGAGUACAUUAUUUAGUGUUCUAUCCAUUGAUUUUUGGCAGUGUUCUGUAGUCACAAUUGAUAUAUUCCCCCUUGAGGCCCUCCUCGUAUAAACUUUCUAUGUGGUCACUUCAGCUAAUUGGACUUGCCUACAGAUGGUCAUAUUCUUGCUCACAUUUUAUGGUUAUACUAAGGAAACAAUCUUCUAUAUUAAGCUUUAUAGAAACCUAGCACCUUGUAUGGGAAACAAGCAAUCAGGGAGGAAUAGUGUAUUAACAGGUUGAUUAUGAUUGCAGCCUGUUUCAUGCUGAAGCCAUUUCUUAUUCUGUCCAGUUUUGUAGGUAAACAAUGUAAGUGUGGUUAACAAGCUGAAGUAGAGACCUGGACCACAGCUAUUUAUGUACAAGGCAAACAAUAAGAAAAGUGUGUUGCUGCCUUCCUUCACACUGGUGUUGAUGCAACGUCCAGCAAAUAAGAUAUAUUAUGUGUAGUAGAGAGCUGUGUAAACGAUUAGCAGAAUAUCUGAAGAGUUACUAUAUCUAUAGAGUAAAAUGACUAAAGGACACCAUACCUUUUAUAGGAGUAGUGAGCCAAAUUAAGAGUUUUAAUGAUUGAAAAGUGCAUUGUAUAGUAAAAACGAAAUAUUCUUUUAUUUAUUGAUAUGUUUUGUUGUACAAAGCCACUGUCCCCCUUUAGGAAGAAUGUUAUCAGGACCCCCAAAUUUAUUUUGGCCAUUGGUGCGAGAAUGUUGCACCAGUGCAACAGAGGUACAGUAGCAGUGACGCCUUUGCACCGGCAGUAGCACCAGCACCAGUGUUAUUAUCACCACCAUGUGUUGUCAUCAGCAGUCAUCUACCCAAAGCAUGCAUGUGUUAAUGAUUCCUCGGUUGAAAAGCAAACGAGGGCUUAUUAAACAAGUUGCUGAUGCCAUGACAAACCGUUAUGUAGGAAGCCAGGCUGAUGUGAUCAUCAUCCCUCUACCGUCACCAUAGUUCUUGGCCUUCAGUGUAAUGCAUGAGUGUGAGACGACUUGAGAGUAAGUGUAUUGAUUCUUGUCAGAAAUCGGUAAAUAUUAUUAUGCGUGUGAGAUAGUGAGAGAAAGAGAACCAGGAGAGCGAAACAGUAAGUGUGUGUGUGUGUGUGUGGAGACGGUAGUGUCAUCUGUGAUUUUCUCACUAGGAAUUAUGUGAAUGCUAAAUAUGAGGUACAUAGAUAUUGAGUAUGCCCAGUCACAAGAGUCGCCUGUCACCCGAUUUUGGGAAGUCAACAUGUAGUGAAGUUUUUUGUAUAAUGUCGGAUAUGGAUGUAACCUAUGAUGAUCCAUUGAAGAUAACCAUAGUGUAUUUCAUCUUUCUAUGAAGUUGUCCUGUGGUUUGUAAGGGUGAAAGAAAUCACUUGUUUGCCUCUAUGGAACAUACUGCUUCAAUGUGCUGUUAAUUAAUAAAAAAAUCAGCAUUUGUAUCCGUAUAAUCCAUAUAACUGGAAGAAUAUAAUAAUACUGUUGUUUUAUAUUGUGUUAUUUCACCUCCCAUGAAACGUGAACUAAGAAAGGUCUUAUGUAUCAAGCUAUAAUAAUCAAAAGAAAGAAAAGAAAAGAAACAGGUGAAUUUGUGCUCUCGCCUUAGUAUGGGAACUUGGCUAGAAAUCACGCAUUAUAUACACGCUGACAAAGUAUGAUAUAGGAUUUAUAGUGAUUACUGUGCUGCCUUAGAAAAGUCAUUAUGAAAGACCUAGGAGUCUGUAAUGUCAUCAAGUGAAGUCAUGCAGGUGUAUUAAGUGUUGGGAGCUGUAGCUUCUCUUUCAACAUUUCUUCUGUAAUUUUAAAGAUUUCUUUCUUAUCUAAUUUACUUUUACUUAUCUGUUGUACAUAACCACUGAUGUCUAAAUUCGUAUUUGUUAAACUUCAUUUGAGUUUUAGAAAUUGAUGGAAUGAUGGAUUCAUAACGAGGGUCCAGUAUUGGAUGCCCAUAUUUAUAAUAGUAAUAAUAAGAAUAAAAACAUGAAGAAUA